AAAAAAACUAGUUGAGCAACCAGCCUUAACAGCUUCAAUAGACUAUUUUCAAUAAAGACAAGCUGGUAAAAGCAGCAGUUAAAAUGUUGACAAUAAGUCAAGUUCUUAUAGCCUUGGUUCUAUUUCUUCUAAUUAUGCAGUUUGUUAAGUUGCAACGAGUACGGAGACAACUUCCUCCUGGACCAAUCCCUCUCCCAAUUCUUGGGACCUUGAUACAGCUGAACUUUCAGUUUAAUUGUGAUCUCCUCAUGAAGAUGGCAAAAAUUCAUGGCAAUGUAUUCACCUUAUGGUUUGGAUGGGCCCCAGUGAUCGUACUGAAUGGAUUUCAAGCAGUUAAGGAUGGUAUGACCACCCACCCUGAAGACGUUUCCGGGAGGCUAGUAUCUCCUUUCUUCAGAGCAAUGGCCAAAGGAAAAGGGAUUAUGCUGGCAACUGGUCACACCUGGAAGCAGCAGAGAAGGUUUGCACUGAAGACUCUACGCAACCUGGGUCUGGGAAAAAGAGGUCUGGAACAUCGAGUUCAAGAAGAGGCCCGCUACCUGGUAGAAUUUUUUGCAAGUAUGAAAGAAAAUCCCCUGGAUCCUUCUUUCCCGCUCGUUCAUUCCGUCUCAAAUGUGAUUUGUGCUGUCGUUUUUGGACAUCGCUUCUCCAGAGAGGAUGAAACCUUCCGUGAACUGAUUAGAGCCACAGAGCAUCUAUUCAAAUUUGGAGGCAGCUUUAUUCAUCACCUGUAUGAAAUCUUCCCCUGGCUGAUGUGCCGUCUCCCCGGUCCUCAUAAGAAGGCAUUGUCUUGCUAUGAUGUCCUGAGCUCUUUUACAAGGAGAGAGAUCAGAAACCACAAGGAGAAUGAGAUACCAGAUGAACCGCAGGAUUUCAUUGAUUUUUACCUAGCUCACAUUGAAAAAUCCAAAGAUGAACCCAGGUCUACAUACAAUGAAGAAAACAUGGUUUAUUCUAUCAAUGACCUUUUCUUGGGUGGAUCGGAGACAACAAGCACUACUUUGAACUGGGGUCUGAUCUACAUGGUGGCAAAUCCAGAUAUCCAAGAGAAAGUGCAGAAGGAGCUGGAUGCUGUUCUGGGUCCUUCCCAGUUAAUCUGCUAUGAGGAUAGGAGAAAACUGCCCUACACAAAUGCUGUGGUUCAUGAGAUCCAGCGCUUCAGCAAUAUCAUUUCAGUUGGCAUGCCCAGAGUCUGUGUGAGGAACACAACAUUGCUGGGUUUUCCCCUCAAAAAGGGCAGCAUAGUUCUUCCAAAUAUUGCUUCUUCUUUGUAUGACCCCGAGCACUGGGAAACACCUCGACAGUUCAACCCUGGCCAUUUCUUGGAUAAGGAUGGAAACUUUGUGAGCCAAGAAGCCUUUUUACCAUUCUCAAUAGGGCACCGAGCGUGUUUGGGGGAGAACCUAGCAAGGACCGAGCUCUUCAUUUUCUUUGCCAACCUGCUACGGGCAUUCACCUUCCGCCUUCCCGAGGGAGUGACAAAGAUCAACACAGAGCCAAUUUUGGGGGGUACGCUGCAGCCCCACCCGUACAAGAUUUGUGCCAUUCCACGCUAGGCUGCAGCACACCACAGACCAGCGUGAAGCAGCCACCUUUACCUCAGUGAACUUCCUCUCAAAUGUAUAAACCUUCCUCUGCCAGCCAGUAUAUUGGUAUUAGUCUAUCCCAGGACUAUUCAGAAAGUGGACACAAGCCAAGAUCCAGGCAACUUUUGGUUUGGUCCCAGAAAAUCUCGCAAGGAUCUUAACCUGUUUUUUCCUCUUGGAGAGCACCAGAAGCAAGAUGCUGUGGUUCCCAGUUGUGAAGACAGCCUGGUGUGCCUCCAUGCUGUAGCCAAGCAGGAACACUGUGGUGAUCACUGUUGAGCAAACCUCAGUAAAAUUCAGCAGAGGACCUCAGCAAGAGCUAAGCAGGUGUCAUUUCUGUGAGUGGUUUGAUGGCCUUGAGUCAUUUGACUCUGGAAAGUACACCUUGAAAGUCCUACUUUGGUUUUUCUGUCCUGAACUUAGGCACUUUAAUUUGUUGGCAGGUACAAAUAAAAGGGAAACACACUAGAAUAUGGGUGCAUGUCUGAGUUUGAGUUAAGCAUCUCUCCCAUGUGGAAGAUGAAGAGUCAAUUUGAAGUUGAAUAAACUUAAAUUUC